AUGGCGGAAGAGGCGAAACCACAGCUUAAAGGCAACCUCAUCACAGAGAACCCAAAUCUAGAUGCUGUUGUGAAGACGUUGACUGAGGCACGGGCAUUCUAUGACGAUCCUGCCUUUGCCUACUUUAGAAGGGGGCUGAAGGGGAAGAAGCUGGACCGACACAACAAAGUCUUCUUUGGAGGGUUCGCUCGUAUUACUGCACUUCAAGGUCUUUUGGUACGUGGUCUAAAUCAGCCUGAUACUUGCAGAUCUAUGCUGGAACGACCGUAUGAGGUUGACGACUAUUCAAACAUCUGUAUGUGGUAUCCGCCCUUUUAUGAGAUCACGACGAACAUGUUUCGAACUGGACUGUGGAUAUCCAUGUUGCAAGUCCCAUUGAAAGUGACUCUAAGGACUCUCUUUAAUUACAGUCCAAAGGCCGAUAAAGCAAAAGCCAAAUACUUCAAGAGCAUCAACUAUGAUUACAAAAAGAAGGGAUUCUACUAUUUGCUGAUAACUGGAACAAGGGAUAACAAACGAGGGAAGGGCCUGCUGAAACACAACAUGCUUCCAAUACUUGAAAAAGCUGACAAGGAAGGCAUUGCUUGCUAUCUCGAGAGUACAAAAGAAUCCAACAUCCCAAUUUAUGAAAGAUUCGGUUUCAAAGUCGUUGAUCGAUUCGAACUGAAGGAUAAGAUUGCUACUGUCCCAAUUGCGUGCAUGGCACGUCUGCCUGCCGCUUAA